CCCGCAGCAGCCGGGCACCGCAACCCCCCCCCCGGGGGGCUGGAAGAAACGAGCAGAUCCCGGAGGAGGGGGCUGAGCCUUGCAUUGGGGGCGGCUCCUACAGCCCGGUACCGGCGGUGGCGGAGCGGGGGGGGGCAGUCCCCGACUCCCGGAGCUUGCGCGGUGCCUCUGGGCACCGCUGGGCACGGCGGGGCCAUGGGCAAGCAGCGUUGAGCGCCAUGCAGCAAACGGAGCCGGUGGCCGAGCCGGUGGCCGAGCCUAUGCCCGGUUACGGGCAGCUGCUCCGGCUCGGUUAUGGCAGCCUGGCCGCAGCCGUGAGGAGCUGCAACGAUUGCGGCUGGGAGCUGGCGAGGACGACGUGGGCCGAGAACGCGCACCUGGGCUGGGGCGAGGUGCUGCUCUGCGGGCUCGCUGCCCUCGGCUGGACCGCGCUGCGCCGCGCUGCCGCCCGCCGCCUCUUUCGGCCCUUCGGUGAGUGGUGCAACUUGCAGCCCAAAGAUGCUGCCAAGAUGCCCGAGAGUGCCUGGAAGCUGCUUUUCUACACGUUAUCCUGGUCGUAUGGCACCUACCUGCUCUUCUUCACUGACUACCCCUUCUUCUAUGACCCUCCGUCUGUCUUUUAUGGCUGGAAGAAGGGCAUGGACGUGCCCACGGACAUCGCCAUCGCCUACCUGUUGCAGUGCAGCUUCUACGGGCACUCCAUCUACGCCACCGUCUACAUGGACACGUGGCGCAAGGACUCGGUGGUCAUGCUCCUCCACCACGUCGUCACGCUGACCCUCAUCGCCUUCUCCUACGCGUUCAGGUACCACAACGUGGGCAUCCUGGUGCUCUUCCUGCACGACGUCAAUGACGUCCAGCUGGAGUUCACCAAGCUCAACGUCUACUUCAAGCACCGGGGGGGUGUCUACCAUCGCCUCAACGAUGUCAUCUCCAACGUCGGCUGCCUCACCUUCAGCAUCAGCUGGUUCUGGUUCCGUCUCUACUGGUUCCCCCUCAAGGUCCUCUACGCCACUUGCCACUCCAGCCUGCAGACGGUGCCCAACAUUCCCUUCUACUUCUUCUUCAACGCUCUGCUCCUUGUGCUCACCCUGAUGAACAUCUACUGGUUCCUGUACAUCGUCCUCUUCGUGGCCAAGGUGCUGAUGGGGCAGAUGCAGGAGGUGAACGACGUGCGCGAGUACGACGUGGAGGACAGCAAGAAAACCGCCGUGGCUAAGAAGAAGGAGGGUGGGCUCCAGCUGCCCAGUGCUCUGAAAGAAGGGAUGCACCUGAAGAACGGACUUGUAAAAGACAAGCGGUUGUAAGAGAAGCGUGGCUGCUGCAGCCUGGGCAGCCUGGCAGGAUCUGGGGACUGCCCCAGGGCCCGACACUCAAACCCAGCAAAUGAAAGGCACAAGAAGAACUUCAUCCCCGAUACCCCUGCAUCCCCUGCCUGAAGCUGGGGAAGAGAUGCCACUGAUGGGAACAGGGCUUGCCCGGGACUGGGCUUCACCCGAUGCUGAUGUGCUUUCUGUAGCCAGUACGUGCUGGUUCAGUUGAGAGGCUGUGGCUUUGCUGGUCCAGGUAGGAUUUGGAGCUGGCUUUAGGUCCCCUGGUGUUUCUUCUGUCGCUCCAUCCCCCAGCUAUUCUCAGCCCCGUUGUGAUUUCCCAUCUUUAUUUUUGGUCCCUUCCAACAACCCUGCCUCAGCAGCACUGCAGGGGCUUCGGACCUAGCAUCAAACUGGAGAGGGAAACAUCCUCUGCUCACUGGCACCACUGUCCCAGGCCAGGGGAGCCCAAAGCCAGCUCUGCUCCAGCUGCCAGCAGGCACUAAGGAAGGGUUUGCAGGGCACCUCUGAGCCUCGCUGACCAGGACGGGUCCCUAACACGGAGCUGUCCCUGUGCACCUCGAGGCUGCAGCACGCAGCAGUUCCCUCGUGCAGGUCUGCCUGGAAACCCAGCCCUAGAGCAUUAUUCCAGCCUCCUGCCCUCCAGGAUGAGGACCAGGACAUCUAAAUUGCUCAAAACGCCCCUGUAACUCUUACAGUUGCUUAAAAAGCCAGCCCUGAGCACAGCUUGUGCAGGGUCCCCAAUGAGGGAUCUCCAGCGAGGUUUGCCUGCUCGAGUGCAGAACAAAAAUUCUCAGCUCCCUGCGGUGGUUUUCCAGGCAGCACCAGCCCUGAGCCUUGCAGGAUCCCCGAGGCCAGGCUGGGCCACGUGCCUCUUUGCUGGGAAGCCGUCAGGAUUUUACUGCCCUCGGUCUGAGCCCGUCCCACUGCUCCCCUCUCGCAGGACCCGUCCCUGCAGUGCCCUGGGAAGCAGAGCUCCCCCCAGCCGGGGACAAUAGGCAGGGAAGGGGGAUUCAGGGCAUCAAUUCCAGGGUGGCUAAUUGUUUUUUUUUUUUUUGUUUGUUUGUUUUUUUCUAUUUGGUCUCGCAAUGUUGAUUCAACUCCAGGCCCAUUGUGUGUGCCUCAGGGAAAGUUCCUCAGUAAACAGAAAGCAAAAUGUGA